UUUCCGUCUUUCGGUGAAUCGUGAGAAUAAUGUGUCGUAUUUUUUACUAACUGAGGUGUACUUUCACUUUACCAGUUAAUUUACCAGUUUACAAAAAUGGUUAUAACUACAGAUGUAUUGGAAGAGAAGAUAAAAAGUUGUAUUGAAGUGACACAUGUGAAGAUAACUGAUACAUCAGAUGGAUGUGGUGCGAAAUUUCAAGCACUUGUAGUUUCUCCAAAGUUUGAAGGAAUGCCGCUGUUACAAAGACACAGACUGAUAAAUUCUGCAGUAGAAGAAGAGAUGAAACAGAUUCAUGCAUUCCAGAUAAAAUCCCUCACUCCGCAACAAUAUGAAAAUCUAACAAGUGAAAAAACUUCGUAACGAUAGCAGUAAAAAGUUAUUAGAGAUAGACUUACAUUAUAUAAAAGAAUUUAUUAGUGAACAGCUGUGACAGCUCUGGGUUACAGUCAUUUGUCACCAUUCUAUUAACUGUAGCCUAAAUUUCUGUUUAUGACGACCAUUCAAUACUGGUGAUUCUUAUGAGAGUGUAGACUUCACAGUGAGAAAUUUAACAACUUAGUAAAUGAAAAUGAAUCUAGUUCAAGGUACAGAAAAAAAAAACCAGAGACAUCAAAACAAUCUGUAAAUAGAAAAUAAUAUUCAGGGUAGAAAUCUAUAGGUAAAUUGAAAUAAAAAAAAACAUUAAAAAGACAUUUUCUCAGCAUUUUCUAGUUUAAACUUGUUAAUAAAAUGAAAUAAAUAUUUACAAUUCAACACUGUAAUGUUCUGUUUAAAUAAGUCCAGUGGUGUAAACGAUAUUUAUUUAAAGAGUUCAGAUGAAUGUUGCAAAGCACUGUAUUUCAAACUAAAGAUUGUACAUUAUAUGCAUGUGUAUAUACAGCUAGAAGAAACAUACUUUUGUCUUCUGUAUUAAAUUUAGUAAUUCAUGUCCAGGUGGCACUGUAGCAGUAUGUCUUAAGAGUUGCGUUAUUGUUAUGACAAUUGUUCUAGGGUUAAAAUGUUAUCACUUGAAUUAAAUCAGUGAUUAAAUCUAGCCUUUUGUAGGUAUUUUCUAUCCACAGAAGUGAACUACAUAUAUAACUUAUUAUGUAAGUUCUCUUACUCCAUUACUAACAUGAAUUUGUCAAUUUGGUUUCAGAAAUAGUAAAUUCUAUCAUAUUCUGUUAUAUUUUUCAUAAUAAUGUAUAUUGAAAGUUUCACAUGGAUUUGCUGCUAAUAAAUUUAAUUUUAAUACUA